AUGUUACCAUUGAUAACUGCCAUGAAGAACAUGAAGACACCACAUUUUGAAGGAGGGACAGACCCAUUUGAAGCUGACCAGUGGCUUCGAACUAUGGAGAAAAACUUUGAGUCCCUGACGUGUUCUGAAGAGUCUAAGAAAAAGAUGGCGGUGUAUUACUUAGAAAAAGACGGGGCAGAAUGGUGGGAAACUAGGGAUCGCCAAGUAGGACAUCUGGUCACCACUUGGGCGGCAUUCAAAAAGGAAUUAGAACGCAAGUAUUUCACCCCGGAGUCCAAGCGAAGGCUUCAAUAUUUGUUUGCUAACCUAGCACAAGGAGACAAGACAGUUAGAGAAUAUGAAUCGGAGUUCAUGCGACUGCGAAAACACGUGCUGCGAGGACAAGAUGAUGAAGAAACCAUGAUAUCCAACUUUAUGUUUGGUUUAAAACCAGAGUUGGAAAAUAGAAUGGCAGUCGGGAACUACGAGAGUCUCACCGAGCUAGUUGAAAAGGCUGUGAAUGUGGAGAUCAGAUUAGAAGCUGAGAAGGCGGCAAGUAAAAAGUCCAAGCAGCAUCAAGAAGGAAAGUAUGGUGGAAAUCAAAGAUCAUUCAAGGGAAAAUGCUUUAACUGUGGCAAGAUAGGCCAUAAGUCAAGUCAAUGCUUCGGAAAGAAACAUGGAUCCUUUCAGUCAAACUCUUAUAAUUCUACAUGCUACACGUGUGGAAAGAAAGGACACAUAUCUACCCAGUGCAGUGUCAAUCGUCCUAUCCCGGCUACGCCAAUCACUGUUCAUCCUCCCCCGGCUCCACCUGCAAUCGCACCAGCGCCAAAAAGGCAAGCUAUAGGAGGUAGAUUUUACGCUUUAGAACUAGAGGAUACUAAACCUCCAGGCCCAUUUAAGGGUCCCAUCACAGGAACUUUACAUGUUGCGGGACGUCCCACACAUGUAUUGUUCGACUCGGGGGCAACACAUAGCUUUGUGGCCCCUGAGGUAGCUACCGAGUUUGUGGGUUCAUUUGUGAUUGACAGGAUGGAUGUGGCUGUGAUGACUCCCGGAGACCAAACCCUACAAGCAAAAGAAUGCCUCAGAAGAGUUCCGUUAGUCAUUUGCGAGAAAAUGUUCUUGGCAGAUUUGUUGGUGGAGAACGGGCAACGUCAAAUAGUGUUCUACGGGAUCAGUCCAAGCAAGUCAGUGUCUUUAGUAGCUGCCUUGAGAGUGGAAGAUUUGCUUAAGGAUGGAGAAGCGUAUCUGGUAACAGUAACUGCUAUACAAGAGUUUGAGGAUGUGUUUGCAGUGUUGAAAGAGUUACCUCCACCUCGGAGUAACCCUUUCACAAUUAACUUGGAACUUGAAGCGAAGCCGAUAGCAAAGGCUCCCUACCGCAUGGAACCUGCGGAGUUGGCAGAGUUGAAGAAACAACUUGAAGAUUUAAUGGAGAAAGGUUUCAUAAGACCUAGCUCUUCACCAUGGGGAGCUCCGGUCUUAUUUGUCAAGAAGAAAGAUGGUAGCAUGCGGCUUUGCAUUGAUUAUCGAGGAAUCAACAAUAUCACCAUCAAAGAUAAGUAUCCCCUUCCGAGGAUAGACGAGUUGUUGGAUCAGCUAAGGGGAGCAAGUUGGUUUUCAAAGAUCGACUCGGGCUAUCAUCAGAUUCCAAUUUCAGAAGGUGAUGCCAUGAUGACUGCAUUUAGAACUCGUUAUGGAUAA